AUGGCCCAAGCGCCCAGUGAUCCAAGUAAUGUGGAAACUGCUGAUCCAGAGGAGAGUUCUCCGAAUAUGAUAGUGUACAGAAAGAUUGAAGACAUCGUUACGAGAAUGCAGGACGACAAAACAGGUGGAGUUCCCAUCCGCACUGUCAAGAGCUUUCUGUCCAAAAUCCCCAGCGUCGUCACCGGUGCUGAUAUUGUGCAGUGGCUUAUGAAGAACCUCAGCAUUGAGGAUCCAGGGGAAGCAAUACACUUGGGAAGUCUUAUUGCUGCACAGGGCUAUGUCUUUCCAAUCUCAGACCAUGUCCUUACCCUGAAAGAUGAUGGGACGUUCUAUCGUUUUCAGGCACCCUACUUUUGGCCUUCAAACUGCUGGGAACCAGAGAACACAGAUUAUGCCAUCUAUCUUUGCAAACGGACCAUGCAGAACAAAGCUAGGCUGGAGCUGGCGGAUUAUGAAGCCGAAAACUUAGCAAGACUUCAGAGAGCAUUUGCAAGAAAGUGGGAAUUCAUCUUCAUGCAAGCUGAGGCCCAAGUCAAAAUUGACAGAAAAAAGGAUAAAACAGAAAGAAAGAUUUUGGACAGCCAGGAAAGAGCAUUUUGGGAUGUGCACAGGCCUGUGCCAGGCUGUGUGAACACCACAGAAAUGGACAUUAGAAAGUGUCGUCGCAUGAAGAACCCACAGAAAGUGAAAAAGUCAGUGUACGGGGUUACAGAGGAGUCUCAGCCCCAGAGUCCUGUACAUGUGCCCUCCCAACCUGUACGCAAAACUACAAAAGAGGAUUUCCGGAAACGAGUAACUUUUCUGAACAUGCAGAUAGAGAGACAUUGUUUAAAGAUGUCCAAAGUAGCAGAAAGUUUAAUAACUUACACAGAGCAAUAUAUGGAAUAUGACCCCUUUAUAACUCCUGCUGAGCCUUCCAAUCCCUGGAUAAGUGAUGAUUCAGCAUUAUGGGACAUUGAAAUGAGCAAAGAACCUAGUCAGCAGCGUGUGAAAAGAUGGGGUUUCUCCAUGGAUGAGGUGCUGAAGGACCCAGUAGGACGAGACCAGUUCCUUCGUUUCCUGGAAUCAGAAUUCAGCUCAGAAAACCUCAGGUUUUGGUUGGCGGUCCAAGAUCUCAAGAAACAACCUCUACAGGAUGUAACCACCAGAGUGGAGGAAAUCUGGCAAGAGUUUCUAGCUCCUGGGGCCCAAAGUGCUAUCAACCUGGAUUCCCACAGCUAUGAGAAAACAAGCCAAAAUGUCAAAGACCCAGGGAGAUAUACAUAUGAAGAUGCACAGGAGCACAUUUACAAGCUGAUGAAGAGUGACAGCUACGCGCGCUUCCUCCGCUCGAAUGCUUACCAGGACUUACUGCUGGCAAAGAAGAAGCCAGAGAAUGAGCAAGGUCGUAGAACUUCUCUAGAAAAGUUCACUCGCAGCGUGGUAAGUUUAUUUUCUUUUCCCUCCACCCUUUCCUCAGAACUUCAUUUUUAG